CCUCCAGUCGGUGACGUAAUUCCCCGGCGACUGGAAUGAUUCAAAACAUUAAUCCGGUUGAUAUUUCAGUAUUACACUAGUGUUUUGUCCGGGAGCUGGACAUAAUGGCUUUGGAAACGGUCCCCAAAGACCUUCGCCAUCUGCGAGCCUGUCUUCUUUGUUCUUUAGUGAAGACCAUCGACCAGUUUGAAUACGACGGCUGUGACAACUGUGAGUCGUACCUCCAGAUGAAGGGGAACCGGGAGAUGGUUUAUGAAUGCACUAGUUCCUCAUUUGAUGGUGUGGUAUCCAUGAUGAGUCCCGAGGACAGCUGGGUAGCUAAAUGGCAGAGGAUAGGCAACUUCAAGCCAGGUGUGUAUGCAGUGUCAGUGACAGGCAGACUACCUCCAGGUGUGGUGAGAGAGUUGAAAAGCAGAGGAGUGAUCUACAAAUCCAGAGACACAGCAGUGAAGACAUAAACCGGACGGCUUCCAGUUGUCUGUUCAGCCACACCAAAGCGGCGUCACACUGCUGGGACUGCAUUGGAUCACGUCUGUGAUGAAGGAACUGCCCUUCAACUGUUCAGUUUGUGUGUGUGUGAUUGGUAAUAUCAGCAUGGCUGCUUAUAGGGGAGAAGAAGUGGGUAUUUUGUAUUUCCUUGGAUAAUUGAGGAAAAAAAUAAAGGACUUUUUAUAAGAAAUGUGAGUUAUUGUCUUUAGCACAGUCAACACUGUGAUAUUUGCUGAUUCAGCAUUCAGUUGACAGUGAACUGAUGUGAGUGUCACAUAUUUGAUAAAAAAAAAAAGAUGCUGCAGCACACUGGAAGAAAUCAACAAUAGCCAGAAUUUGUUGCUAAAAAACAGCUUAAUACUUUCCCCCCCGAAAUAACUCGUACCAAACAAAACCCAUCAAGGUCUACAGUGUACAUAUCACACACAUUCAUCAUCAACUUGUUUUUGCAUAAUACAUCAAAUUGGUGUGUAGAGAGAGAGAGAUAAGUCCUAACUUAAUUUACAAAGUGGAUUUUUGAAUCUUGUGGAGAUGUCCGUGUCCCCAUCAUGAGUUGUAAUGCCGUUGGUGAUCUCAAACUUUUCAUUAAGAACAUUCAUCAGUUCACAAAUCAAAUCCCUCCACUCCUUUGGAUGAUGACCACAUACCUGCAAAAGUAAUUACCUCUGCUGCUGUAUUCUCGCUAUAAUAUACAGAAUUAAAAUCACAACCAAAACCUCAUUCUGAUCCGUGUCUCAAUUUCCCACUGAAAAGUGAGAGUUCAUUGUAUUCACAGAGAAUCACUGAGGUCUGCUGACCCAGCGACUGAUUUGAAACACCAGAGAGGAGGAACUAAACCAUCU